AAAUUUUUCAAGUCAAAAACGCAUGCGUUAUGUUUUCUAAAAAUUUAGUUGUCACUCCGAAAUACUAAAAAAAUGGAGUACAUUAAACAUCCGUCGAGCGGAACCCAACAAACCAUUCUUUGCUGCCAAUGUGGUACUCCAACUCCCCCGAACCCUUCAAAUAUAUGCAUUAAUUGCAUUCGUAGUCAAGUUGACAUCUCUGAGGGAAUUCAAAAACAAGCUAUUCUUCCGUUCUGUAAAAGUUGUGAAAGAUACUUCCAUCCUCCAAGUUCAUGGAUACAAUGUCAGUUAGAAUCAAGAGAAUUGCUUGCUUUAUGUUUGAAAAAGCUUAAAGGUUUAAACAAGUCUCAUUUAGUUGAUGCUGGUUUCAUCUGGACAGAGCCUCAUUCAAAGAGAAUUAAAGUAAAGUUGACUAUUCAGAAAGAGGUUCUUGGCUCAACAAUCCUGCAACAAACAUUUGUUGUAGAUUAUAUUGUCCAGUCUCAAAUGUGCGAUGAUUGUCAUCGUAGAGAGGCCAAAGACUUCUGGCAAGCUGUUGUACAAAUUCGUCAAAAGGUAUCACACAAAAAAACAUUUUAUUAUUUGGAGCAACUGAUCAUGAAACAUAACAUACACUCAAAUUCUCUGAAUAUCAAGCAAGUUCAUGAUGGAUUAGAUUUUUAUUAUGCUAACAAGCAGCACGCCAAGCGAAUGCUAGAUUUUCUUCAGACAGUUGUGCCAUGCAGAUUUAAAACAUCUGAAAGACUAAUUUCACAUGAUAUUCAGAAUAACACAUUUAACAGUAAAAGCACAUUUUCAGUCGAGUUGGCACCAAUUUGUAAAAAUGACAUAAUAUGUCUGCCAAAAAAAGUUGCAAAGUCAUUAAGCAACAUCAGUCAAAUAGUUAUUUGCACAAAAAUUACAAGCAGUAUACAUCUUGUUGAUCCAUUUACAGGAAAAGUUGUUGAGUUAUUGGCGUCUGCUUAUUGGAGAGAUCCUUUUAAUGCGUUUACAUCAACAAAACAACUUUCUGAAUUUACUGUCCUUGAUACAGAAAAAGAUUUUGAAACUAUGAAUUCCAAGUAUUGCAAAGCUGAUGUUUAUCUUAUGAAAAAUAAUGAUUCAUCUGGCUCUGAUGGGCAGUUUCAUUGUCGAACACAUCUUGGACACUUGCUUUCUGCCGGAGAUAUUGUUGCUGGAUUUGAUUUCUCAACAUCAAAUACAAACGACUCCAAUCUUGAUUUGAUGAAUGGGGAUAACAUUCCUGAUGUUGUUCUGGUUAAGAAACUUUAUGGAGACCGCAAAAAAAGAAGUAAAAAGCGAAACUGGAAGCUCAAAGAACUACCAAAAGAAACUCUGGAAAAGGAAGACAAUAAUGACGAUUAUGAGGAAUUUUUAGAAGAUUUGGAGGAAGAUAAAGAAUAUCGUAUGGGACUUAAUAUAUACAGAGAUCGUAGUAAAGUCUCCCAGAGUGAAAGUGAUUUAGAUGAUGCUCCGCAAAUUAGUCUUGAAGAAAUGAUGGAUGAUCUCCAAAUUGAAGAUCAUCCGAUGGAAAGCGACGGUGAUGAAGAGUAGAUAUAUAUUUAUUAUAAGGUUUGUCUAAAAACAGCAUUUAAAAAAAAGACUAAAAUAAAAAGGAAAUUGAUAAAAA